GCUAACCUGCGCUGGUUCUGGCCCCCAGGAAGCCACUGAGGAACGGCCUGGUGAAGGACAAGCGCCUCUGAACCCCUAGGCCCCGCCCCCGUGGACCCGGCCCCACCCGAAAACCACGCCCCCAUCCGUGGCGCUCCCCCACCCCCUCCUCUACCUCUGGUCCUCUAGGGUCGCAGCCACCUCCCUUGGGACCCCCGCCGCCUCAUCCUGCCUCUACUCCCCGGCCACGCCCCCCAGGACCCCCUGCCCCUCUAGGAACACUGGCCCCGCCCUCAGCCCACUGGUCCCGCGCCGCGGUGGACCCUGCACACACACUGUCCAUCGCCUGGAAGGAAGAUGCCACCGCCUCGGCAAGGUCCCAGCUGCCACCACCACCACCACCACCUCCUCCUCCUGGCCCUGCUGCUGCCCUCGCUGCCCGCGACCCGCGCCCACGUGCCCUCAGGCCCCGCUACCGCCGCCCUGCUCCAGGCUCUCGGACUGCACGAUGCGCCCCAGGGCGCCCCCAGGCUCCGUCCUGUUCCCCCGCUCAUGUGGCGCCUGUUUCGACGCCGGGACCCCCAAGAGACCUGGUCGGGCUCGCGACGGACGUCCCCAGGGGUCACCCGGCAACCGUGCCACGUAGAGGAGCUGGGGGUCGCCGGAAACAUUGUGCGCCACAUCCCGGACCGAGGUGCGCCCACCCGGGCCCCGGAGCCUGCCUCGGCCGCGGGGCAUUGCCCCGAGUGGACCGUCGUCUUCGACCUGUCGGCUGUGGAACCUGCUGAGCGCUCGAGCCUGGCCCGCCUGGAGUUGCGUUUCGCGGCGGCGGCGGCUCCGGAGGGCGGCUGGGAGCUGAGCGUGGCGCUGGCGGGCCAGGGCGCAGGCGCGAGCCCCGGGCCGGUGCUGCUCCGCCAGGCGGUUCCCACCCUGGGGCUGCCGGUGCGCGCAGAGCUGCUGGGCGCCGCCUGGGAUCGCAAUGCCUCGUGGCCGCGUAGCCUCCGCCUGGCGCUGGCGCUGCGCCCCCGGGUCCCUGCGGUCUGCGCGCGCCUGGCCGAGGCCUCGCUGCUGCUGGUGACCCUCGACCCGCGCCUAUGCCACCCCCUUGCCCGGCCGCGGCGCGGCGCCGAACCCGUGUUGGGCGGCGGUCCUGGGGGCGCGUGUCGUGCACGGCGGCUAUACGUGAGCUUCCGCGAGGUGGGCUGGCACCACUGGGUCAUCGCGCCGCGCGGCUUCCUGGCCAACUAUUGCCAGGGUCAGUGCUCGCUGCCCGCCUCGCUGUCUGGGCCCGGGGGUCCGCCUGCGCUCAACCACGCCGUACUGCGCGCGCUCAUGCACGCAGCCGCCCCGGGAGCCGCCGACCUGCCCUGCUGCGUGCCCGCGCGCCUGUCGCCCAUCUCCGUGCUCUUCUUUGACAACAGCGAUAACGUGGUGCUGCGGCAGUAUGAGGACAUGGUGGUGGACGAGUGUGGCUGCCGCUAACCAGGCGCAGGCAGGAACGCGGGCCCAAUAAACGCCCCCGUGGUCUGCUCUGCUGGUCUCCUCGGACUCCUUGCCUGGGGGUGGGGGGGUCGCCCUUGUUCAGUCCUGCAGGCAGCCGUGUCCUUUCUGGGCUUUGCCUCAGUCUUCUUCUGGAUUCCUUCAUACCCCGACCCCUCACCCAGGCGGGGCCCCAGCCCCCUCCGUCCCCGGCAGUUCAUCCAGCCCUUGGUGUGUAGGCAAAACUGUUUAUUAAUAUUUUAUUGGUGACAAAAGAAUUUAAAUUGACCAAAAAUCAA